CAAAAGUAGCAGCCAAACUCAAAAUGUCAGUGUGUGUGAGAAAAAAUCUCCCAAACAUGAAGAACGGAGGACACCGAGAUCAUGCUGGAGAGGAGAUGAUCCUGUGAUAGACUGCAGUCACACGAGUGUUUGUGUUUAAUUGUGUGUCACGCCUGAUUGGUGUGUGUGUGUGUGUGUGUGUGUGUGUGUGUGUGUGUGUGUGUGUGUGUGGAUCUGCGCGUGUCUGCAGUGACAGAAGAGGGUUUCUUCAGUCAUGGCAGAAACCGACAUCGACAAAUCUCACCUGCCCGGUGUUUAUGACGUGUGCCAAUGUUUCUCUGUGUUAGAGGACGGUGCUUUGGCUCACAGUCUUCAAGAGCAGGAAAUUGAGCAGUUCUACAGCACCAACAUCCAGAAGAACCAGGCGGUGCAGAACGAUGUUCGUUUGGCCCGGAGGCUGCAGGAGGAAGAGGAACAGCGAUCAGUUCUCCGCCAGGACCUGCAGCAGCUGGAGGAAGAGGACUGCAGAUAUGCACAGAUGAUCCAGAAGGAGCUCCAGAGGUGUGGGGAGGAGGCCAGGAGGCGAGAGAAAGCGGAUGAGGAAAUCGCUAAACAGCUACAGGAAGAAGAAGAAAUGGAGAUGAGACGGCAGAGGGUUGCUGCUGGUUACAAUGACAAUGACUGUGUUUCUCCACUCUGUGAAGGUUUGGAAGUCUGGGAGCAGGUGCUUCAGGACGCUGAGCUGGCCCGUAGACUUCAGGAGAAAGAGGAUAUGCUGCCUCACAGAGAGCAGUUUCCUCAGAGCUCUGGAUCAGAGGUGGAUUUCAUUGCGGCCCAAGUAGCUCAAGAUGAGGAGAUCGCCCACUAUAUGCAGCGCCAUCAGAAAAGAGUCAAAAACCGGCCACAAGACCUAGAGAUCCAGACCAGACCUCCUGAACCAAGAGAUGAAGGAAACACCACAACCAGGAAGUCUCUUCAGAUGUUGCGUGAGAGGCUGAACUCAGACGGACUGCAUUCACCUGUGGAAGAGGAAGACUAUACCAUCGAAAGCCAUCUAGCAAGCCCAUCAUGCACUGAGCUCCGAAACCAACACAUACACAAUAUUGCCGAAGAACUGGACCCAACGUUCAAGGCUAGGAAGCGCGAGAGCCAAAUUUCCACCAGCCCCCCAUCAGCAGGUCUAUGUUUAGCCCCUCGUAACCCGCACAGCAUCUUUUAUGACUAUUUACCAGAACCCACCUUCAUACCACCAACUAAAAGGCAGAGCGACAAAGCAGGACGUCACAAAGCCAAAGACAAGAAAGAGAACUGUAAACAGCAGUGAACAUGUGACUAACUUACUGUAGUGUUGUCUUUUGAGUGUCUAAACAAGUAUUGUAGAAUCCAAUUUAUGGACAUGACGGCACCAAGGGAGAUGUACGUAAUUUAAGAUAAGCACUUACUUUUAAACUAUUAAAAUACAUAGAAGCAAAGUUCCUUCAUUAUAUGAUGAUUAAAAACCUGUUUUAAAGGUAGGGUAGGUGAUUUCGGAGAGGCUAGCAAUAGCAAGCUAGCUUUGAAAGCAUAAGAUCCCACCCUCCCUGCAAAUCACGCCUCCUCCAAAACACAUGACACGAUGAGAGAUGGCAUUGGUGGAGGGUUCAAUGCAUAAUAUUACAAUAAUAACACCUUUCAUCCUCGGUUUAUCUGCAGUAGCGCUACGUAACACGCUGAUGACGUAUCUUGUCUGCUCAAACGUGCGCGGAGGUAUGCAAAUACAUAAGUUGAUAGGCAGGUAGGACAGCCUAUUGGAGCCCUCGGACCGAGGAAUAUGAUUGGACGAACAUUUUAUGGUCCUACUCCUUCCACAGACAAUAUAAAUAC